GAUUCACCGUUGAUGAACGAAAUAUUAAAUUAUUAAUAUCAAUUUUUUCUUCGUUUAUUUAAUUUUGUCCAACCAGUUUACUCGAACCUAGUCCCAGUUUUGAACGUCUUCUCUCCUACACCAACCACAAUUAUAUCCUUUUUCUCUCCUCCGGUGGAAAAGGAGGAGAUUUUGAUGAUAUAGUGUUGAGUUGAGUGUUUGAGGAUUGUAAUUGAAGGUUAACAAUGGCGGCGACUUCACCUUCAGCUUCUGCUUUACUUGGUGGUGUUUCAAAUCUUCAAAUUCGUAAAAAAUUCAACAAGAAUUGGGAUGAUAAUUGUUCGAUGAAUGUUGUGGCUACUUCUGGGUUUUAUAGGUCUUUUUCUUCGUAUUCUAGCUCUAAUUGUCCUCGGUUAAGUCUUCGCCGAACUCCUAAGUGCAGGUGGUCGAAUGUUAAUCGAACUAUUGCAUCUAGAUCACUUACAAUGAGGAACAAUCUCCGGAGGCAGAAAGGUUACCUUCAAAUGGAUGAGCUUCCCUUGACAGCUUUAUCCCAAUCUAAAGGGCACUUGUGCUGCAACCACAUCCAUCGGAGAAGAGGGUCAUUAAUUAAAAAUGUUGGUUCAAGAUUUCCUGUAGACAAAUCAACAUUUCCAUUGUCAAAGAACGUGCCUGACACUCUAUGUGUGAAACAAAAUCAUGUUAGAUGCUCUGCUGUUGGUCCUGAUGAACCACAUGCAGUCAGCACGAGUUCAACAGAGGGAACAUUAGAGAAACCUGAAAUGGACUUUUUCGAUCCUGAAGUAAGAAGAGUAGAGGUAGAGGAGUUUUUAAAUGCUGAACUUCCUUCUCAUCCCAAGCUAUAUAGAGGACAGUUGAAAAAUGGACUGCGUUACAUAAUUUUGCCCAACAAAGUUCCACCAAACAGGUUUGAAGCACAUAUGGAGGUUCAUGUUGGGUCUAUUGAUGAGGAGGAUGAUGAGCAAGGGAUUGCACAUAUGAUAGAACAUGUUGCAUUUCUUGGUAGUAAAAAGCGUGAGAAGUUACUUGGUACAGGAGCAAGGUCUAAUGCCUAUACAGAUUUUCAUCACACAGUUUUUCAUAUUCAUUCUCCAACUCGUGCGAAGGACUCUGAUGGUGACUUGCUCCCUUUUGUACUGGAUGCUUUAAAUGAGAUAGCUUUUCAUCCUAAGUUUCUCUCGUCAAGGGUUGAAAAGGAAAGGCGGGCAAUAUUGUCUGAACUUCAAAUGAUGAAUACUAUAGAGUAUCGUGUUGAUUGCCAGCUGUUACAACAUUUGCAUUCAGAGAACAAAUUGAGUAAAAGGUUUCCGAUAGGAUUAGAGGAGCAGAUCAAGAAGUGGGAUGUUGAUAAAAUAAAAAAAUUUCAUGAGCGCUGGUACUUUCCAGCAAACUCUACUUUGUAUAUUGUUGGGGAUAUAGACGACAUCACCAAGACUAUUUACCAAAUUGAGGCUUUAUUUAGUCAAACUGGCUUGGAGAACGAGACAGAGGCUUCUCCACCUCCAACACCAAAUGCCUUUGGUGCAAUGGCUAGUUUUUUAGUGCCUAAGCUUCCAGUUGGACUUGGAGGUAGUUCUCAAGACAAAGCAUCAAGUUCUGAGCAAUCAAAAACUUCAAAAAAGGAAAGACAUGCAGUGCGUCCUCCUGUCCAGCAUAAUUGGUCUCUACCAGGAAGUGGUCGUACAUCUGAUCCUCCUCAGAUAUUUCAGCAUGAGUUACUUCAGAAUUUUUCGUUUAAUAUGUUCUGUAAGGUUCCCGUGAAUAAAGUUCGGACAUAUGGAGACUUAAGGAAUGUACUAAUGAAGAGGAUUGUUCUUUCUGCCUUGCAUUUCAGGAUUAAUACCCGAUACAAGAGUUCAAACCCCCCUUUCACUGCAAUUGAGUUGGACCACAGUGAUUCUGGAAGAGAAGGUUGCACUGUAACCACUCUUACAGUUACAGCAGAACCUAAAAAUUGGCAGAAUGCUAUCAAAGUUGCAGUUCAAGAGGUCAGAAGGCUGAAGGAGUUUGGUGUGACAAAUGGUGAAUUAGCUCGUUAUAGGGAUGCCUUGUUGAAAGACAGUGAACAUUUGGCUGCGAUGAUUGACAAUGUGCCAUCUGUGGAUAACCUUGAUUUUAUUAUGGAAAGUGACGCAUUAGGACACAAAGUCAUGGACCAGCUACAAGGUCAUGAGAGUUUGCUCAAUGUUGCUGGAACAAUUACUCGUGAAGAGGUCAAUUCCAUUGGUGCUGAAGUACUGGAGUUUAUUGCUGAUUUUGGCAAACCAACUGCUCCUGCUCCUGCAGCAAUUGUUGCUUGUGUUCCCAAAAAAGUGCACAUUGAUGGAACUGGUGAAACUGAUUUCAAGAUAUCACCUAUUGAGGUUUCUGAAGCUAUAAUAUCAGGAUUGAAGGAACCCAUUGAGGCUGAACCAGAGCUUGAGGUGCCAAAAGAUCUCAUAACCACAGCUCAACUACAAGAAUUAAGGUUGAUGCGCAAUCCAUCUUUUACACCACUGGACUCAGAACAAAAUGGCACUAAAAUCUAUGACAAAGAGACAGGAAUCACCCAGCGUCGUCUUUCAAAUGGUAUUCCAGUAAAUUACAAGAUUUCAAGACAUGAAAGCCAGAGUGGUGUCAUGCGUCUCAUAGUUGGUGGUGGGCGAGCUGUGGAAAGUUUACAUGAGAAAGGAUCUGUUGUUGUUGGCGUUCGGACUCUCAGUGAGGGUGGUCGUGUUGGAAACUUUUCCAGAGAGCAGGUAGAGCUUUUCUGUGUGAAUCAUUUGAUAAAUUGCUCUCUGGAAUCCACUGAGGAGUUUAUUUGUAUGGAAUUCCGCUUUACAUUGAGAGACAAUGGAAUGCGUGCUGCCUUCCAGUUACUACACAUGGUUCUUGAGCAUAGCGUCUGGCUGGAAGAUGCAUUUGACAGAGCAAGACAGUUAUACUUGUCUUAUUAUCGCUCAAUUCCUAAAAGCUUAGAGCGUUCGACUGCACACAAGCUCAUGUUAGCAAUGUUGAAUGGAGAUGAACGCUUUGUUGAGCCUACACCAGAAUCACUGCAAAAGUUAACGCUAAAAUCAGUGAAAGAGGCUGUAAUGAAUCAGUUUGUGGGUGAUAACAUGGAGGUCAGUAUCAUUGGAGACUUCUCAGAAGAAGAGAUUGAAUCUUGUAUUCUUGAUUACCUUGGUACGGUCAGUGCUUCUCGUGAUGUUGAGAAGAAGGUCUAUGAUGCCAUUAUUUUUCGCCCACCUUCGAAUUUGCAAUUUCAGCAGGUUUUCAUUAAAGACACUGAUGAAAGAGCUUGUGCCUAUAUUGCUGGGCCUGCUCCUAAUCGAUGGGGCAUCACAACUGAUGGUGUUGAUCUUUUUGAGUCUGUUCAGAAUGGUAGUGGUGAGCUAUUAAAUUCUGAGACUUCGCCAUCUGAGAGCUCCAAUGAUGUAAAGAAGCUGCAGAGUAAAAUUCGGAGCCAUCCACUGUUCUUUGGGAUCACAAUGGGUUUAUUAGCAGAGGUUAUAAAUUCCAGACUUUUCACAACAGUUAGGGAUUCCUUGGGUUUGACAUACGAUGUGUCUUUCGAGCUGAACUUAUUUGAUAGGCUAAAUUUUGGGUGGUAUGUGAUUUCUGUGACUUCAACUCCUGGAAAGGUACAUAAAGCUGUCGAUGCUUGUAAAAAUGUGCUCAGGGGCUUGCACAGCAACAGAAUUGCUCCAAGGGAGUUGGACAGGGCAAAGAGGACCUUGCUAAUGAAACAUGAAGCUGAAAUCAAGUCAAACGCUUACUGGCUUGGGUUGUUGGCUCAUUUGCAAGCGGAUUCUAUACCAAGGAAGGAUUUGUCAUGCAUAAAAGACCUGACCUUCCUUUAUGAAGCUGCCACUAUAGAGGAUGUAUAUGUUGCAUAUGAACAACUGAGGGUGGAUGAAAAUUCCCUGUAUUCCUGCAUUGGUAUUGCUGGAGCGCAGGCUGAGGAAGAAAUUUCAGAUGCUGAUUCCUUGUUGGACGAUCAAGACUCAUUCGGAAUGCAUCAAGGAGGCUUGCCUGCCGGGCGUGGACUAUCGACAAUGACACGACCAACUACAUGAAAAUUGUUAUGUGAGUAACAGAUCUGAGCAAAGGUUUUUGCCUAAACAAGUGUCUAUGUCAGGUAACAAGGCUAUGCUUUCGAGCCAGUAACAGUGCAACUGUUGAUAUCAGAAGACCAAUACUUUUACUCGAGACUUGAAUGGAAAUCAUUCUUCUUUAUGUGGAAGUCAGGUCAAUAUUGUUUGGAUUUUGGAAUAUGGCUCCAUGUUAACAUCCCUCAAAACAGCAAAAAACUGCACCAUUAGUUCUACAGAAAAUUAAGUGAAGUCCAAGUUUAUAGGGUUCACGUUAUAGGCUUUUUCAUUCAUUUGAAUAUACAAUAGUUCAUAGUAUAGUCUUGUAAUGUUUGUUACUCCUAUUUCAGUAUUCAUUCUCAAAGUUGUGAUUUUUCUUUCUGUUGUACACUUGUACUUCUAGCCUUCAGGAAAUGGGUCAAAUGAGUAAUUGUAACUAAAAUUCUUUUCCUUGAUUUUUCCAAUGUAAAAUCAUAUAGAUUCUUUUUUGACCUUUAUCUUUUCUGAAA